UAGUGUCCGCUCAUGGCUCUCGGUCUCUGGCUGUUGACCGUGUGCUCGCUCCCGCGGCUGGCGGCCGAGCCCAGCUCCCGCUCGCAGGCAGCCUCCACCCUCGCCUUCGUCUUCGAUGUGACCGGCUCCAUGUACGAUGACCUGUUGCAGGUCAUGGAGGGGGCGGCGAAAAUCCUGGAGAGCACCCUGGGCAGGGCCGGCACCCCCGUGUCCAACUUCGCGCUGGUGCCCUUCCACGACCCAGAGAUUGGUCCUGUUACCGUCACCUCAGAUCCAAAGAAAUUCCAGAAGGAGCUCGAGGAUCUCUAUGUGCAGGGUGGAGGUGAUUGCCCCGAAAUGAGCCUUAGUGCUAUAAAACGAGCCCUUGAGGUAUCAUUCCCUGGUUCUUUUAUCUACGUCUUCACUGAUGCCAGAGCAAAGGAUUACCAGUUGACCAAGGAUGUACUGCAACUCAUUCAGCUGAAGCAGUCCCAGGUGGUAUUUGUGUUGACUGGAGACUGUGGGGACAGAGGCCACCCAGGGUAUCGGGCCUUUGAAGAGGUGGCCUCAACCAGUUCAGGUCAAAUAUUCCACCUGGACAAACAGCAAGUCAAUGAGGUGCUGAAAUGGGUUGAAGAAACCAUCCAAGCCUCUAAGGUCCACCUUCUGUCCACAAACCACAAGGACAGGGAGGAGCAUGUCUGGCUGGUGCCCUUUGACCCAAGCCUGAAAGAAGUCACCAUUUCCCUCAGUGGACCUGCACCAGCCAUAGAAGUCCGGGACCCCUCGGGCCGGAUCUUGUGGAGAGGAUUAGGUUUGAAUGAACUGCUGAAUAUUCCAAACUCAGCUCGGGUUGUCAAUGUCAAGAGCCCACAGCCUGGAAUGUGGACAAUAAAGCUCCGCAGCACUGGGCGCCACUCUGUACGGAUCACAGGAGUCAGCAACAUUGAUUUCCGGGCUGGAUUUUCUACAAAACCCACCUCAGACUUCAGCAGAACAACCGAGCGUCCAAUUCAAGGCGUAGCCACCCACAUAUUGUUGAACUGCUCUGGUCUGCAGCCUCCGGGACAGCUGGAUCGAUUAGAGUUCCUCAGUACCUCAGGACAGUCUCUGAAGAGCUUGCCUGUCAAGGCCCAUUCCAGCCUCACCACCAAUGUGUGGAAAGUUCCAGAAAUCUUGCCGCCCAGUGAGAGCUUCUUCUUGAAGGUGACGGGAUAUGAUAGGGAAGGUUACCGUUUUCAACGGCUGUCUAGCGUAUCCUAUACAAGCCUGGUACCUGGGCCUCCAAAGGUGAGCAUGCCUGGUCAAACACACUCUUUCUACCAGCAAUCUGCAUCGAUCCCCUGCUCUGUGGAGAGUCCGAUUCCUUUCACCCUGCGGCUCAUCCGGAGAGGGACCAAAGUUCAACCAGACCGACUGUUUGACGACACUGUGAACACUACGUGGGAAAUUCCUGGUGUUUCGGGAUCUGAUGAAGGGUUUUAUGACUGUGUUGCUAUCAGUAACUCAGGCACAGGCAUAGCUAGGACCUACUUGGUUGUUACUGAACCACCUCCUAGUGUGGAGAUUCCUCAAAACGUCACAGCACUCCCUGGGGAUCAGGCGGUUCUGACAUGCACAAUCCUUGGAAGUAUUCGAUAUAACAUUACCUGGAUGCGUGAUGGGAUUGAGCUACAAACUGACAAUAAGCGAGUUAUUCCUUUGAAGAAUUCAUCUCUGGAAUUUCGGAAUGUACAGCCUGAGGAUGCAGGCCGCUAUGAAUGUGUGGCGGUCAAUAUGUAUGGUUGGAGUCAAGCCUCUGUGUGGUUGUUCAUUCCUGAGGCCCCACGUGUUUCUGUGAAUCCCAGCUCACAGAUCUUCUCAAGGGGAGCAGAGGUCCACAUUGACUGCAUUGUAGGAGCUGGUUAUCCUGAUCCCGGAGUGGCCUGGAUCCGUGAGGGUGCAUUUGUGACGAGCAAUGACAGAUUCUCCAUCAGUGAAUAUGGUACUUUGAUACUGAAGGACGCUGUCCCCGAGGAUGCAGGGAGCUAUAUCUGCCUUGCAUCAAAUACGGUUGGAACAGCCCAGGACGAAGCAAUACUCAAGUACACAGAGACGCCCACAAUUUCUGCGCUGAAUCCAAUGGUGCUCGCUGUGGUCACUGAGGUGGCAUUGCUGGAAUGUCAAGCCACAGGGGUCCCUCAGCCCGAGGUCAAAUGGUACAAAGGUGAUUUGGAGAUGACCCUGGUACCAUUUGCAAAAGUUGAUCUCUUUCAAGGAACAAUGAUGAUAAUGGAUGUGCAGGAGAUGGAUGCUGGAGAGUAUACCUGCGUGGCAACAAAUGAAGCAGGCACCUCUGCUGCUGUGGUCACUUUAGAUGUUGGUUCUGCCCCUCUGUUUUCAGAGGCUCCCUCUGAUGUCUCCGUGGCUAUUGGUAAGAAUGUGACGUUGCCUUGCAGUGCAGAAGGGUAUCCCACUCCACAGAUCACAUGGCAACGACCUGACGGACAGCCCAUUUUCACCAAAUCUGAUUCGAUGAGCCUUGUUAGUCAACUGGAGUCCGGCAGCUUGUUUAUUGAGAAUGUGUGGCUGGAUGAUGAAGCCAGGUAUAUCUGUGAGGCGAAGAACCAAUUUGGAGUGAUCCGUGCAGAGGUGACACUGACCGUCACCGGUCUUGUUAUGCCUGAAGUGGUAGAAAGUGCCCCAAUCAUCAGUGUGUUGGAAGGUCGGUCGUUGACAUUGCCAUGUGUGAUCCUGGCAGGUAAUCCCUACCCCGAACGUUACUGGUUAAAAGACAACCAGCUGUUGAGCUUGGACAGGCGCGUGUCAAUCCGCAGUGAUGGCAGCUUCCAUAUUGAGAGGGCAGAACAAGGAGAUGCUGGGAGAUAUGUGUGCACUAUCACCAAUAUAGUGGGAUCUGUUAAUAAAACCAUCACAGUGAGUGUACAUGUACUUCCAUCAAUCAAAGGUGGUCACACUGUCCUUACCACAGAUGAGGAGGUGCCUGUUACUCUGCUCUGUGAAUCUAGUGGGGUUCCAAAACCAACCGUUGUUUGGUCCAAGGGAGAGCAGCUGCUUCCACGGGCGCCACGGUACCGCACUGAUGCUAAUGGGAGCCUCAUGAUUCUUGCUCCGUCACCAGAGGACUCUGGAGUCUAUGUCUGCACUGCUUCCAAUGUUGUGGGGUUUGCCAGCAGAGAACUCCAGCUAUUUGUUCACACAAAACCAAAGAUUGGUGGAACGAAUGCAACUGUGGAUGGGCCAGUUGAAAUCACAGCCACAGCUGGGACAGAGGUGACGUUGCCAUGUGAAGUUCAGGGCUCUCCUCCUCCCAUCAUCAGAUGGAAGAAAGACUCACGACUGGUACCAGUCAUGACAGCCAGGUACACAGUCUUACCAUCGGGCUCACUAAGGAUCUUGGACUCAAGGGUGUCUGAUGGUGGCCUGUAUAGAUGUUCUGCUAUUAACAGAGUAGGAAAUGCCUCAUUGACAUUGCAACUCAUCAUUCAUGUUCCUCCCAAGAUCCAUCCUUCACAUCAUCUUCUGAAAGCAGUUGUUGGUCAGUCUGUGGACCUUCCAUGUCUGGCACAUGGCGACCCAACUCCAAAUAUCAGGUGGUACAGGGGUGAUGAAGCCCUGCUGCAGGGUGCCAGCGAUUCCCUGGAUGGACCCGAUGGUUCAGUCAGCAUUGAAGAUGUGGAGCUCUCUGAUACCGGAGUAUAUCGUUGUGUUGCAACCAAUAGUGUCGGACAGGAUGUGACUGAAAUGACAUUGUUAGUAUUGGAGCCACCGUUUUUUGCUGAAGAUGUUGUCCCAUUUGAUGCUGAACAGGAACGAUUGGCCAAGGAGAGGGUCAUCCUUCCCUGCCCAGCUGGAGGAACUCCUCCACCUCUCAUACACUGGCUACAAAAUGGAUUGGAACUGUUGGGUAAUGAACCAGGGGUCUCGAUACUUGAGGAUGGCUCCCUUUUGAUUGAUUCAGCUUCACCGUAUAACAGUGGAGAUUACAUGUGUAUUGCAACAAAUGAGGCUGGCUCUUCCAAAAGAAAAUAUCGAUUGCAAGUCAGAGUUCCCCCUCAUAUUCGGAAUAACGACCAGAUACAGAACAUCACUGCAUUGAUUCAUCAACCAUCGACUUUGGAGUGUGACGCCACCGGUACCCCGCCACCCACUAUCAGUUGGUACAAGAACGAGCAACCAGUCGCAGGGACCAGCAGAGUCCGACUUCUGAAUGGCGGCCGUCUGCUUCGACUUCCAAAAGCCCGCAAAGAGGACGCUGGAGUGUACUCUUGCAAGGCUGUCAAUGUUGCUGGCACCGCUGAUAAACAUUUAAACCUACUGGUGCAGGUGCCUCCCAUGAUCUUCCGAUCUGGAAUCACUCAGGAAGUGGCUGUUUUGGUGAAUUCCGAGUUGGAGCUCAAGUGCCGCACCAAUGGAAUUCCUUUCCCGCUCAUUCGAUGGAGUAAGGAUAGCGAGAGCUUGUCUCUGGGCACCAGUCAUGUGGAGUUUACAGAAGAGGGGCAAAUACUACGGAUUCGGACAGCUCGACUGACGGACCAGGGCCUCUAUCAAUGUACAGCCCACAACUCAGCUGGGCAGCAGAGCAAACACUUCAAGGUUGACGUCCAUGUUCCUCCAACAAUCCGAGGAGCCAAUGAUACCAAGGAGGUGAAUGUUCAGUUGAACAGCCGCAUCAGUCUGGAGUGUGAUUCUCAUGGUGUUCCUUCCCCUGGGAUAACAUGGCUGAAGGAUAAUCGUCCCAUUGUAUCCAGCUCCAAAAUGACAUAUGUGGAGAGAGGUCGAUUGCUGCAGGUUAAUGGAGCCCAGGCGUCUGAUGCAGGAUGGUACACAUGUCGUGCCAGAAACAUUGCAGGGACUGUCAAGAAGUCAUACAAAGUGCAGGUUUAUGUUCCAGCUAGCAUUGAUGAGAUCUCGGGCCAUCCUUUGAAGACGAAAGCAGUAGUUGGUCAUUCCUUGACCCUGAAGUGUUCCCCAAGUGGUUACCCACCUCCUGAGCUCUUUUGGCUCAAAGACGGUGCCCCGCUGAUGGGCAAUGACAGAGUACAGUUCAUGGCCGGAGGAAAGACCCUUAAGAUUAAGAAUGCUGGAGUGAGUGAUGCUGGUACCUAUGUGUGUAUAGCGAGCAAUGCUGCGGGAGAACAACAACUUCACCAAACUGUGGACAUCUUAGUCCCUCCUCAGCUGCUGACUGGACAGUCUUCUCACGUGACCGUGACCAUUGAUAAUCCACUGGAGCUGACUUGUCAAGCAACUGGUCAUCCACCACCAAAAGUAACGUGGCUGAGGAACAAUGUUCCACUCACUGAGCUGGACGGUACUUGGGUGUCAGUUGACCAGAGCAGACUCUUUAUUAGUCGCAUGAAGCUGAUGGAUGUUGGUCGCUACGUCUGCCUAGCCAGAAAUGAGGCAGGUGAAGAGAGAGGAGAAUUUGAUGUCACAGUCCAUGUGCCCCCAGUGGUGAGGAUUGUGGGAGCUGAGAGUCUGUCUGUCAUGACUGGUCAAUCUGUUACAUUGGAAUGCACUGUUACUGGAACCCCAACACCUUUGAUCACAUGGUUGAAGGAUGGACAGAUGCUCACCCAAACAAAUGGGAGCCUCAAGAUUGAUAGAGUAACUCAAAAAGAUGGCGGCAUUUAUUCCUGUGUAGCUACCAAUGAGGCAGGUGAAUCUGAGCAAGAUGUCAAACUAAUUGUGUACGAGCUUCCUGUUAUAGAUGCGUCUGUUGAUACAAACAAAACUGCAACUGUGAAUCUUUCCGUCUCCUUUGACUGCCUUGUCACAGGAACUCCACCUCCUGUGUUGACUUGGCUCAAGGGAAACCAAUUGAUCACAAAUAUGGCUGGUAUCAGUGUGCUGGAGGGCGGAAGAACUCUACAGAUACACAGUGCCCAGGUCUCUGAUAGAGGACUGUAUCGCUGUGUGGCAUCCAGUGUGGGUGGCAGCACAGAACUGCAAUAUACCCUGCAGGUUUAUGUCCCACCGGUGAUCUCAACUGUCUUGGACAAGGUUACUGUCCUUCUGAACCAGCCUGUAGAACUCCAGUGUGAGGCUGCAGGAAUUCCUGCCCCCAAAAUGACAUGGUUGAAAGAUAAGACUCCUGUCUUUAUGAUGAGUGAAAGGCUAAAGUUCUUUUUGAAUGGCCAGAUUCUGUCCUUAGCCAGUGCCCAUUCCUCUGAUUCAGGAACAUACACUUGCGUUGCUGUGAAUUCUGCUGGAGAGGACCAAAGGGAGAUCCAGCUGCAAGUUCUUCUUCCACCAAGCAUUCUGGGAGAGGAGCAGAAUGUGUCAGUUACUUUGAAUGAUUCUGUGAACUUGGAGUGUCAGAGUCGAGCGUUCCCUCCACCCACUCUCACGUGGACAAAGGACGGACAACCUCUGCCAAGGCACACUGGUCUCGUGUUCAAUGAGAAUGGCAGUGUCAUAGAGAUCAAGACGGCCCAAGUUCGAGAUGCUGGCCGCUAUACUUGCAAGGCUUCAAAUGAUGCUGGAAACACAGAGAAGAGCUAUUACUUGAAUGUGUGGGUGCCUCCAUCAUUUCACGGAUUAACGGAUCAAACAUCUGUGACGGUAAUCGAGGGAAACUCCUUGAGCUUAUUUUGUGAAUGCAGCGGGAUUCCCUCUCCUGUUCUUCGGUGGAGGAAGAAUGGAAUGCCCCUCUCUUCAGAAAACAAUGGGCGAGUUAUUGUUUAUUCAGGGAGGCAAAUGCUGCAUAUAUCAAGCACCCGGAUAUCAGACAGUGGAAACUACACGUGCGUAGGUACCAAUCUGGCUGGAACAAGCACAAAGGACUAUAGCGUGGAAGUUUAUGCAAUACCAACGAUCAAGAAUGGUGAUGGGCAGCCAACAGAAAUCUCCGUUACCAAAGGAGCUGCGGUCACUUUGAAAUGUGAUGCACGUGGAUUCCCUCAGCCAACACUGCGGUGGUUGAAGGAUGGACGGCCCGUAGUGAGCAGGCAAGGCAUCCAAGUGGAGAAAGGGGGCCAGAUCCUGAAUGUUCAGAGGGCACAGGAGCACCACACAGGCCACUACACCUGCCUGGCUGUGAAUGCAGCAGGACAGUCAGGCAGGAAGUUUGAUUUAAGUGUUCUUGUCCCUCCAGCUAUCAUUGGAGAGAUGGGAUCUCCGGAAAAUAUCAGCACACUCCUCAGCAGUUCUAUCACUCUGAUCUGUGAGGCCACUGGGGUCCCACCACCUGCCUUUAACUGGCUUAGAAAUGGAUCACCCCUUGUUCCCAACAGUAAGAUGCAAGUGCUCUCAGGUGGACAGACCCUCAAACUGACCCGUGUACAUGUGGGAGAUGCUGGCCAUUAUGUUUGCUUGGUCAACAACACUGCAGGGGAAGCCAAGAAGGAUUUUCACCUCGAUGUACUGAGUCCUCCCAGCAUUUUAAGUGAAAACCUGUUGAAGAAGAUUCAUAUCAAAGAAGCGGAGAACACAAACCUGACCUGCUUGAGCACAGGCAAUCCAAAACCACGCAUCACUUGGUGGAAAGACGGCCAUGUGCUGAAUGGUAGUGCAGGGUACCGGGUUUCAUCAGAUGGAUCACUGCUAGAGAUCCUGGAUGCCAGCUUGUCACACACGGGACAGUAUACCUGCCUGGCAGCUAACUCUGUUGGCGACAAAUCCCAAAACUACCAUCUCAGUGUUUUCGUUGCGCCCAGAAUACCCAGUGUGGGUGAAGAUGGUGCCCCGGAGGAUGUUGUUGUAAUUGUGAAUAAUCCCACUUCAUUGGUGUGUGAGGCUGUGGCCUAUCCAAGUCCAACCAUCACCUGGCUGAAGGACGGGGUUCUCUUCAAGGCAUCAAGAAAUGUGCAUCUGUUACCAGGAGGACGAGGGCUGCAGAUUCUGAAUGUACAAGAAGAAAAUGCUGGUCGCUACAGCUGUGUUGUGACUAAUAUAGCUGGUGAGGCUGUGAAGGAUUACGAGCUCAAAGUCUUCAUUCCUCCACAGAUUGUGAAGGAUGAUCAGACAGUGAGAAAUUUUCGUGUAACUCAGGUCAAGACCAAGGUGAAUACCUCACUAACCCUGGCAUGUGAAUCCUGGGCUGUGCCACCUCCUGCUCUUCGCUGGUAUAAAGAUGGUCAGUUGUUGGCAGGGACUGAACAUCUCCAAAUUCUUGAUGAAGGACACAUUCUCCAAAUCAAACACACAAAGGUGUCGGAUACAGGACGUUACACCUGCGUGGCCACAAAUAUUGCAGGAGAAGAUGAGAAGGACUUUCAUGUCAACAUUCAAGUGCCUCCCAUCUUCCAGAAGGUGCACGGAGUGAACGCUGCCUGGGAGGUGAUACUUCAGGAAGAUGAAGUUGAGGAUAUUGUGGAACGCCGGGAAGUGAUUGUGAAUAAUCCAGUUUCCCUUUACUGCGAGACAAAUGCCAUCCCACCACCCAAACUCUCCUGGUACAAGGAUGGUAAAGCUCUCUCUGCCACAGAUGAUAUCGUAAUUCUUCCAGGAAGCCAUAUCCUGCAGAUCCCCAGGAUGCGUGUAGACGAUGCUGGGAGAUAUACCUGCCAGGCUGUCAAUGAAGUUGGAGAGGACCAGCUCCACUAUGAGCUUGUUGUCCUUGUUCCUCCUGUCAUUCAUGCAGAAGGGGAUGAAUUUGGAGAGGAACUUGCGCUGAUUCUAAAUGAAACAACUCAACUGCGUUGUGAGGCAAAUGGGAACCCUGAACCUUCCAUCUCCUGGCUCAGAGAUGGCCAGCCCGUUACUACAGAUCACAGACUCCAGCUUCUGGAUGGUGGCAAAAUUCUCCAGAUUCACUCCGUGCAGUUAUCUGACACAGGUGGCUAUCUCUGUAUUGCUGAAAACCCAGCGGGAACAACAGAGAGGCUUUUCAGCCUCCGUGUUCAAGUGCCUCCAAGAGUACUUGGCCCCAACCCAGAGAAUAUUAAUGUUGUGGUGAACAAUCCCAUUUGGUUAACGUGUGAAUCCCGAGCAGUUCCUGCAGCAGAUGUCACAUGGUACAAAAAUGGGCUCCUGCUGCAGUUCAGCAGUGACAUCCUCUAUCUCCCAGGUGGCUAUGUCCUUCAGAUUCCCAGAGCAAAGACUGAACAUGGUGGCAAGUACACCUGUGUUGCUGCCAAUGCAGCAGGCAAUGAUGAGAAGCACAUCCACCUCCAUGUAAACACCCCACCCACCAUUAAACACAAUGGCGAUCGUUACUCGGAAACCAUCACAGCCCGUGUUGGGGAAACGGUCACUCUCAGAUGUGAGUCAGAUGCUCUUCCAGUUCCUACGGUCACAUGGUAUAAGAAUGACCACCAGCUGCCCCUGGGAAAUGCUGCCCAUAUCCUCUCUGAGGGGCAGAUACUCCAAAUCAAGGAUGUUCAGGUUACAGAUUCUGGACAAUACACAUGUAAAGUCACCAACUUGGCGGGACAUAUGAAAAGGACCUUCAAACUGAAUGUGCACUCCCCGCCAACACUUGAAGAGCCCCUGCAGGAGGUUGUUAUUCAGAUGGCUGGCAGUGCCCUUGUUCUUUCUUGCCAUGCCUCAGGAGUUCCACCACCCAGCAUCACGUGGCUGAAAGAUGGGGAAUCAAUAGUUCCUUUCUCUUACAGUAAUGUAACCGUUCUAACAGGGAGCAACAACAGACUGGACUGGCACAUUCUGUCCAGUGGCAGUAGACUGCAGACCAUCCAUUUACAGCCUUCCCAUGGUGGAAAUUACACCUGCUUGGCAAAGAAUUCUGAGGGAGAAGUGCGCAGGCGUUAUAUACUGGUUGUUCAAGUGUCACCAAGUAUCCUCGGCUCAGAAGUACCCAGUGAAUAUGACGCUGUGGUGAAUGAAGAUGUGAAUUUGGAAUGUGUGGCUUCAGGGAAACCAAAACCCAUUCUAAAAUGGUUGAAAGACAGCCAACCAUUGGAAACACUGGAGAAAAUGCACAUUGAGUUGUCCUCAGAUGGGAGUUCCUUAAGCAUAAAGGGAGUUUUAGCCUCAGAUGCAGGAAGGUACACUUGUGUGGCACAGAAUCCUGCUGGCGAGGAGACAAAAUUGUUCAUACUCAAGGUGCUUGUGCCUCCAAACAUCAGCGGAAUCUCCGGCCUUCCCGAGACCAUCACAGCAGUGCCGGAUGCAGCAGUUACGCUGGAAUGCAGAGCUGCUGGUGUUCCUCCCCCACAGCUCAGCUGGCUGAAGGAUGGCCUGCCCCUUCCAAUCUCAUCCCACAUGAGGCUGCAGUCAGCUGGCCAGAUCUUGAGGAUUGCUGACGUACAGGUUUCUGACACAGGAAGCUACACGUGUGUUGCUGUGAGCCAGGCGGGUGUGACAGAGCGACACUACCACCUGCGUGUUCGAGUCCCUCCAAGAGUUGAAAAUUCCAGAGACACGGAAGAAGUACUGGCCAUCCAAGGAACUUCUGUUACUCUCACCUGUGAAGCCAGUGGGAUCCCACCCCCUAUGUUCUCAUGGUUGAAGGAUGGCGAACUGCUGGUGCUUAAUAACCUGGUUACUGAGGGUCAUGAGAUGAGGCUGGAACUGCCAUCUGUCAGCCUGAAUGACUCUGGCUGGUAUUCCUGCAUUGCUGUGAAUGAAGCAGGCGAGGCCACCAGACACUUCAGCUUGGUGGUCAUGGAACCUCCACGCAUUUCUCGCUCAGAAAUGCCACAGGAAGUAUCUGUGGUUUUAAAUGGUCCUCUGGAGCUGAUGUGCAUGGCAGUAGGAAUCCCUCUUCCUGAAAUAAGAUGGCUAAAGGAUGGAGCACCUCUCAAUGGAUUUGGCAUGGUGCUGAGUGAUGGAAAGGUCCUCAGGAUAGAAAGCGUACAGGUCAAAGAUGGUGGUCUUUAUACCUGUCUGGCAACAAGUCCUGCUGGGGAGGAUCAGCAGCACCAUUUAGUGAAGAUAAAUGUUCCCCCAAAUAUCACGGGUUCCAGUGAUCCUCAGAUGGUCACUCUGAUGGCUGGGGAGCAGCUAACACUGGAGUGCAAAUCUGAAGCUGUUCCACCUCCCACUGUUCGGUGGUUCAAGGAUGACGUUCCAUUACAAGCUAAUUCUCGUAUUCAGAAUGUGCCAGACAGUCAGUACCUACAGAUCAGCAAUGUUGGCCCCUCAGACACUGGCAUGUACAAGUGCCUCGUCAGCAACAUUGCAGGAGAAAUGAGCCGUGUCUUCAAUGUUAUUAUUCAUGUUACUCCAUCAAUCAAGGCCAGCUCCCCGUCCCUCUCCGUCUUCAUCAACCAACCUGCUUUGCUGGAAUGUGAAGUCCGUGGCAACCCGAAACCAACAGUCACUUGGAGAAAGGAUGGCAGUUUACUGAGUCCGGACAGCCCCAGGUUUGAGUUUCUCUCUGAGGGUUCGCUACGGAUCCACUCAGUGCAAGUUUUUGAUGCCGGCCACUAUCUUUGCUCAGCAUCUAGUGUAGUUGGCACAGAUCAUCAUUGGAUCGAACUACAAGUCUUAGGUGCACCUGUUAUCAGCCCUUCUCCAACUAAUGUCACAGCCAUUGCAAAUACUCAAGCAGAGGUGAGCUGCGAGGUUUCAGGAAGCCCUAAACCAGAAGUGACCUGGAAGAAAAAUGGUAAACCACUGAACUUUAACCUGCAGCAGAACAUGUACAGGUUAUUGCCAUCGGGCUCCCUGGUGAUCAUUUCUGCCACCACUGAAGAUACAGCGCUGUACGAGUGCACGGCUUCCAACGAAGCUGGAGAUUCCCACAGGCUCAUCCAGUUAACCGUGCAUGUCCCACCAUCAAUUGCAGAUAAUUCUCCAGAUGUUACUGUCACUAAAAUGUCCCCAGUGGUGCUAACGUGUCACGUGACUGGAAUCCCUGAACCUUCAGUGACUUGGAUGAAGGAUGGAGCCCGGCUGGGGAAGCGAGGGCCAGGGUACAAAGUGCUGCCAACAGGAAUCCUGGAAAUUGCCUCGGCCACCCUGAGCCAUGCUGGAAGCUACAUGUGCACGGCUGGGAACAUGGUGGGGACAGCACAUAAACACGUAACCCUCAUAGUGCAAGAACCACCCGUUAUCAAACCUCUACCUGCCACCUUUGAAAUUGUAGUGAACAAUGGUAUCAUACUUCCCUGUGAGUCCACGGGUAUGCCAAGACCCAGCAUUACGUGGCAGAAAGAUGGCGUCACCAUCUCAAGCACAGGUCAUUUCUUGUUGGCUAAUGGAGCGUUGGAGAUCGUGAGAGCAACAGAAGAGGAUUCUGGGAAUUACAUGUGCAUUGCCCAGAAUGUAGCUGGCACAGCUCUGGGUAAAACCAAGCUGGUGGUGCAAGUGCCCCCGGUGAUCAAAGCCGACAGCAGAGAAUAUAAAGCCACCAUUCACCACUCUGCCAUGUUAUCCUGUGAGGCAGCAGGCCAGCCUAAACCAAAGAUAACCUGGGUAAAGGAUGGCCGUCCCGUCAUUGACCACACUCACUUGCAGACGUUUGCUAAUGGAUCCCUGCACAUUCCACAGGUCCAGCUGGCUGAUGCGGGAUGGUACACAUGCGUUGCCCGGAACAAAGCUGGGGUGGUCAGUGUGGACAGGACUCUGGUGGUGCAGGUUCCACCAUCGAUUUUAAUUGGCCAGUCAGAGUUUUCAGUGCUGGAGGAUUCACGGGUCCUCUUGCCCUGUGCUGCCCAGGGAUCACCUGCACCCAUGGUGUAUUGGGAGAAGGAUGGUGCUGCCGUGCCUGAUGUCCCAGGAAAAUUCACCGUGUUGCAGUCCGGGGAAUUGAUAGUAGAAAAUACAACGCCAGAAGACGCAGGUGUCUAUACUUGUACAGCAGUCAACCCCGUAGGCAAAGACAGUCAUCGCAUUCACCUGUCUGUAAAUAUUCAACCAGCGUUCACGGAGCUCCCUGCUGACGUGUCCCUCCAUAAAGGUGAAAGGCUGCUAUUGACAUGUGCGGCAAAGGGGUUCCCAACUCCCUCCAUCAGCUGGACCUUCAAUAACAAGCCCAUUGCAGUGAGAGCUUCACAGACCGAAGGCCUGAGUGAAAUGAUGAUAGAAAGGGUUUCUAAAAAAGAUUCUGGGACUUAUGUGUGCACAGCAGAAAAUGUUGUGGGAGUGAUCAGAGCGAUCGGAUUUGUCUAUGUGAAAGAGGCACCAGUUCUCUGGGGAGAGGUCCGUGCGUACCAGAUGGAACCUCUGGGAGGGAAUGUCAUAUUGAACUGUGAUGCCCGCGGACAUCCAGUGCCAUCAAUCAACUGGAAUAAAAAUGGCAGCCCAUUGACCAUCAGUAAUCGUAUUCGACAAAUGAACAAUGGUUCCCUGGCAAUCUACAGGACAGUGAAUGAAGAUGCGGGAGAUUACAAGUGUGUCGCAAAGAAUGAAGCUGGGGUUGUUGAACGGAAGGUUACCCUGAUGCUGCAGAGUGCUCCUGUGUUCACUUUGAAACCCUUGGACACAGUUGCGGGGGUUGGUGACAGAGUCCUGUUGCACUGCCGAGCAGCAGGCGAGCCGCUGCCAGUGGUGGAGUGGACCCAUAACGGACAGCCGGUCAGGGAGAACAAGCGGCUGGCAGUGCUACCAAACUCUACUCUGCAGAUCCUCUCCACUGAGAAGGAAGACACAGGAGAAUACGAAUGUGUAGCACGGAAUCUCAUGGGCUACGCCUUUGUAAAAAUAGCUCUAACCGUGCAAGUGCAUGGAGGGUUCUCUGAAUGGUUGGAGUGGGGGCCAUGCAGUGUUACCUGUGGCAGAGGUGUAGAAGAGCGAAUCCGUUUGUGUAACAAUCCCUCACCUGCCAAUGGAGGGAGGUCAUGUCAUGGAGUAGACGUUGAGUCAAGGCAAUGCAACGCAAAUCCUUGUCAAGUGAAUGGGAACUGGGCUUCCUGGAGCUCCUGGAAUCCGUGCAGUCGGACUUGUGGGGGUGGACAGAGCAAGCGCUACCGAUCGUGCAGCAACCCCCCUCCAGCCAGGGGUGGCAAGGUUUGCUCAGGACCCGAUGUACAGAUGCAGAGAUGUGGCAUGGAGCUGUGCCCGGUGAAUGGAGCUUGGAGUCCCUGGCAGCAGUGGAGUGAGUGCUCGGCCUCCUGUGGAGGGGGGAAGCAGCUCAGGCAGCGACGAUGCAACAGCCCUCCCCCGAAUGGCAACGGAAGACCCUGUCAUGGAGAGAGCUUUGAGUCUGCCGGCUGCAGUCUGCACCCGUGCCCAGGUGUUCCCGGGAGAGCCAGAGGCAGCCUGAUCGGGAUUAUCAAUGACAAGGAAUUUGGGGUUGCAUUCCUCGACGCCAAUGUCACGGAAAACUCAGCCACAGGCAUCAGCAGUGUUCGGGCAAUUAUCCAGAACUUGCCUGACACAAUCGGCCCUCUGAUUAGGGUACUGACCUCCACUUUCACCCCAAUUUACUGGUCAGUAACCAACCCAGCACCAGGAACAAUGAACGGAUUCUCACUGACAAAGGGAGUUUUCAGGCAGGAGUCACAAAUGGAGUUUGCAACAGGUGAAAUCCUUCGAAUGACCCAUGUUGCCCGUGGUGUAGAUGCAGAGGGAGUGCUCCUGUUCGAUAUUGUGAUCAAUGGUAAUGUCCCCAGAAUCCUUGCGAGUGCAGACAUUGCUGUGAAGGAUUUCAGUGAAAGUUACAUACAGACGGGUCCUGGGCAGCUCUAUGGAUGGUCGACCCAAAUGUUCCUCCAGGACGGCUCUCCUAUUUCCUUCAAGUGUAACCACAACCAUUGUAUUCCAAAGGAGAGCAGUGUCCCGAGGGAUUUUUUACUUGACUCAACCUUCUACUGCACAGAUCUUGAUGAAUGCCAGCUCGGGACCCACAUGUGUCACUUUGGCCAAGACUGUCAGAAUGAGGCAGGGUCGUACCGCUGCCUGGUGCAUUGUGGAAUUGGCUUCAAGCGGUCCACAAAAGGACCUGGUUGUGAAGAUGUCGAUGAAUGCAAGGAGUCAGGCAGCCCUCCUUGUCAUCAGCGUUGCCUCAAUGCCAUUGGCACCUACUGGUGUGCAUGUGAGCCUGGUUACCAGCUCCUGGCACAGCGCUGUGUUGAUAUCAAUGAAUGCAACAUGAAUGUCUGCCACCCGGACCAGGAAUCAAACACCGAGGGAGGUUACCAUUGCAGCGAGAGCUGUCCUCGUGGCACCAUCCGGCUACUCAGUGGAACCUGUGGCGACGUUGACGAGUGCAAAGGAGGGACCCACAUGUGCCGCUACAACCAAAAGUGUGAGAACACGGUGGGCAGUUACCAGUGUAGCUGCCCUCGGGGUUACCGUUCACAGGGGAUGGGAAGACCGUGUCUGGAUGUGGAUGAAUGCCAGCAGCUGCCCAAGCCCUGCGGCUACCAAUGCGGAACCUGGCGGGCAGUUACAAGUGCUUGUGUCCCUCCCGGCAAGCAGCUCCUGGCCGACGCCAAGUCUUGUGCGGGACUGGAAAAGCCGAAGCAGAACACAGCACAGUUUACAAGCUUCAGGCCCCAGGCUGGUCUCCAUUGGUCAGUUCAGCACAUCCAGCAGACUGGCCAGAACCAGGUCAAUCCCUUCUACACCUGGCUGGGGUGGAAGACAAACAGGGAAUUUGCUGACAUCAAUGAAUGUCAGACUUGGAACUUCUGCCAACAUGACUGCAGGAACACUCAGGGCAGCUACCAGUGCAUGUGCCCUCCUGGCUAUCGACUGCAGCCCAAUGGAAGAAGCUGCCAGGAUAUUGAUGAAUGCCGGGAGCAGAACAUUAAGUGUGGUCUGAACCAGAUGUGCUUCAACACGAGAGGGAGCCAUCAAUGUAUUGAUACCCCAUGCCCUGCCACCUACCGCAGAGGACCCAGCCCAGGGACCUGUUUCCGCCGCUGCCUCCUGAACUGUGCGACGGGACCCCUCGCCCUCCAGUACAAGCUGCUGACCCUCCCCAGUGGCAUCCCCGCCCAGCACGAUGUGAUCCGGCUCUCGGCCUUCUCGGAGCGCGGCGUCCUGCAGAGCCAGACCAACUUCACUGCCAUCGAGCUGGAGCCGGGGAGCCCCUUCGCCAUCCGCACCGAGGGCGGCCGCGGCAUCGUGCAGACUCUGCGCCCACUGGCGGAUCCUGGCGUGUUCCGGCUGAAGGUGCGCGCCACCACCUACAGCCAGCUCGGCGCGCUGAAGAACCAGAGCGUCUUUGUCAUCUUCAUUGCCGUCUCUCCCUACCCGUACUGA